GGUCCCGGGGGCUCCUCAGCGCCGGGCGGGGGGGGCUCGAGCAGGCCCGGGGGGCUCCGGGGGGCUCGGCGGGGCUCCCACCAUGUCGGGCGAGGAGGAGGCCAGCGAGCUCACCAUCGCCGAGGACCUGGUGGUGACCAAGUACAAGAUGGGGGGGGACAUCGCCAACCGGGUGCUGCGUGCCGUGGUGGAGGCGGCGGCUCCCGGCGCGUCCGUGCUGUGCCUGUGCGAGAAGGGCGACGCCAUGAUCAUGGAAGAGACCGGGAAAAUCUUCAAGAAGGAAAAGGAAAUGAAGAAAGGAAUCGCCUUCCCCACGAGUAUAUCCGUAAAUAACUGUGUGUGUCACUUCUCCCCGCUCAAGAGCGACCAGGAUUACAUCCUCAAGGACGGGGAUUUGGUCAAAAUCGACCUGGGCGUGCACGUGGACGGCUUCAUCGCCAACGUGGCGCACACCUUCGUGCUCGGCGCCUCCAAGGAAAAUCCCGUGUCCGGCCGCAAAGCCGACGUCGUCAAGGCGGCUCACCUGUGUGCCGAGGCCGCCCUGCGCCUGGUGAAACCCGGGAAUCAGAACACACAAGUGACAGAGGCAUGGAAUAAAAUCGCCCACGCGUUCCACUGCACACCCAUCGAAGGGAUGUUGUCGCACCAGCUGAAGCAGCACGUGAUCGACGGGGAGAAAACCAUCAUCCAGAACCCCUCGGACCAGCAGAAGAAGGACCACGAAAAAGCCGAAUUCGAGGUGCACGAAGUCUACGCCGUCGACGUCCUCGUCAGCAGCGGCGAGGGAAAGGCCAAGGACGCGGGGCAGAGAACCACGAUUUACAAGCGGGACCCCUCCAAGCAGUACGGGCUGAAGAUGAAAACCUCGCGCGCCUUCUUCAGCGAGGUGGAGCGGCGCUUCGACACCAUGCCCUUCACCCUCCGGGCGCUGGAGGACGAGAAGAAGGCGCGCAUGGGGGUGGUGGAGUGCGCCAAGCACGAGCUGCUGCAGCCCUUCAACGUCCUCUACGAGAAGGAAGGGGAGUUCGUGGCCCAGUUCAAGUUCACGGUGCUGCUGAUGCCCAACGGCCCCAUGAGGAUCACGAGCGGCCCCUUCGAGCCCGAGCUCUACAAAUCCGACCUGGAGGUGCAGGACGGGGAGCUCAAGGCCCUUCUACAAAGCUCCGCCAGCCGGAAGACCCAGAAAAAGAAGAAAAAGAAGGCUUCCAAAAACGCUGAAAACGCCACCACGGGGGAGACGGCGGAGGAGAACGAGGCCGGCGACUGAGAGCCCUUGGAGUUCUCAAAUCGCCCCUUUUUUCCCCAAAAAAAAAAAAAACCCCAGAAAAACAAAAUUCCAUCUGGAAACGAAAGAAUCUGGCACCGGUGUUGGUCCAGGCAGUCUGGAAUUCCCACAGAAUCCAACAGCUCCCGUCGACUUUGCCAAGGAGGGAGGAAUCUCUCGGCCACUUCAGACUUCGAAACUGAAAAAGAAAAAAAAAAUUAAAUAAAUAAAAACACCCCCAAACGAGCAGCAAAAAAAAAAAAAAAUUAGGAGUGGAAGUCACUAUUAAAUCCUUAAUAUUCCCCAUGUUUGGAGAGGUGAAUCUGGAAAAUCCAGGGAAGGGGAGUGGAGGGAGCUGCUGAUUCCUUCCUCUUCCUCCUCCUCCUGCUGCCUUUUUUUCUUUAUUUCUUAAUUUUUUCCCUUUGGAAAUUUUCACAAAACCCCAAAAACCAAGUGAUUCCACCCAGAAAAGUGCCCUGUGCGAGCAAUCCGGGAUUUUGUCUUUUCCCUCUUGGGAUUGUACUUUAAGAAUUGGGAAAGAAACCAAAUUUGAAGUUCCUCCACCCACCAGGAGCCUUUUCUGCCUCUGCCUUGAUUUAUGGGAUUUAAAAAAAAAAAAAAAAUCACUAUUUUUUAACACAAACUGGUUUUUAAAAUGAUCCAAACCUUCGGGAAGCCGCCGACAUUCCGGCCUUGCGGAGCUGAAUUCCCUAAAAUCCCGGGUUUGGGUGUUUUUUAUCCUUCCCAAUAUCCCCGGGAGCACAUUCCACCUUUUCCCGUGAGCCGGAGGAUAAUUUUUUUUUUUUUUUUUUUUUUUUUCACUUUUUUCCCUCAGGAUUCUUUGCUAAUUUUUUGGGGGGGAAAAAAAAAAAAAAAAAAAAAAAAUCCCACCAGAAUUCCUCAGGGGAGAGGUGAGGGAAGCGCUGAUCCGGGAUAGGCCCGAGCCAAGGGGUAUCGCUCUUUUAUAGUCAAUUUUUUACAAAAAAACCACAUAAAAACGAGAAAAAAAAGCCGAUUAAACGCCGUCAGUUGAAUGUUUGAGGUUUUUUUUUUUUCUUUGCCGAUACCCCUGGUUCCUUUUUCCCCCCCCUAGCCACAAUUUUUUGGGAAUUCUGAUUCCCGCCUUACCCAACAUUCCCGGGCGUUCUCCGCAGGCCGCGGUGCUUCCUCGUCGAAAUCCGAGUUUUCCACCCCGAGAAAAAAAAAACAAAACAACAAAAAACUCCACACGUGCAAAUGUUACCAAAGUCAAAUAAAAGAGAAUAAACGAUGCGAUAUUGGAUUUUA